GGCCUUUUAUGUAGAAAAAGGUGGUAUGCAUGUACAUAUGUCCAUAAUCAUGGCUGUCCCCAUAUGUAUGAUCUCCUUAUACAAGGUUGGGCGCAAUGCAAACUGCACUUGAAAAAAAUGGUCACUGUAUUCUUGGCCCUGCGGAAUUUCCUUACUUUACUUGUUUUGCUUGUGCAAAUUGCACGCAAUUCCUCGGUUUGAAAGUGUGAGUGAUUUCCCGAGUCGUGACGCUGACAGGCAAUCUCCGCGCCCUAGGCUAGCUAGCGUGUUUGGAGUUUGGAUUGUGGGUCAGGGGUGUCAGCAUUAAGUCGGAAUCCGACCCCGGGAGUGACGAUGGGCGGCCAGGGCAACCACUGUGGGGCGGUGGGCUCGAAGCAGAACUGUGCGCGGGCGAGUGGAAGUGGCGAACCCUAUCGAUCAUCAUCGGAGGACCACUGUCGAGGCCGGGGGAGCUUCACAGACUGGUUGGGGGACAGUCGAUGGCUUCGGCCAACGGGCACUUCCUGAUCCGGCGGUUCAUAAAAAACAGGGCUGGAGUAGUAGUGGUCGUUCUUUCCCGGGGUCUAAUUCCUUCCCAACUACCAUCUCAACUAUCCUCUACCCUCCAUCCUAACUACGCUGAUCCUUGAUGGAGACCAAGAACCCCUGCUCGACUGGGGGUGGUCUUCACCCUCCGGACACCAUGAAGAUCCCACGACUAUAUCAGGCCGAGCUGUUGGAGGAAGCAAAGAAGAGGAACAUCAUCAUCCGUGCCGACACCGGGACCGGGAAGACUUUCGUGGCGCUGAGCUUGAUCACCUGGAUUGCCGCCCAGAGCCCGGCAAACCAUGAUGAUCAUCGGAUCCAAGCCUUCCUCGCCCCCACCCGCCCGCUGGCUCACCAACAGGCCGAAUACAUCCAGAAGCACUGCACCCUUCGCGUCAAAGCCUACACUGGCGACCUCCAGCCUGAGCUGUGGAAUAUCGACAAAUGGCAUUCAGAGCUGAACGAGGUGGACGUCAUAGUCUCUACUGCCCAGAUAUUUUAUGAUUUGAUCUCGAAAGGAUACUGGAAAUUAGAAGAUGUGUCGUUAUUAAUAUUCGAUGAGGCACACCACUGUCGCAAAAAUCACAUCUACAACCAAAUCAUGAGAAGUCAUUAUCAUCGCUUGGCCAAAGAUCCUACCGUGCGUCUACCCAAGAUACUAGGACUUACAGCAUCGCCCAUCUGGAACUACAAGGAUUUGGAAAGAGCAGACAGCGAUAUCAAGAGUCUCCAGUCUGCCCUCGCUGCUCAAAUUUAUGAAGUGAAGACACACACCGAAGAUGUUUGCCAGCAUAACUUCAAACCCAACGAAAAGGUCGUAUAUUUCGAGCCUUCGCCUGAAUUCGAAAAAAAUUCUCAUCCUCCAUGGGACCAGAUUAACCAAUUGCUCAGCCUGCAUGCCAGUCCUAAAAUGAUUGCUGCCAUGGAAUCGGUCUCUUUGGAGUUGGGGACCUACGCGCACUCGUUGGCUGUGCUCGACUGGCUCAAAUCCCUGUUGACUGUCGGCGCCUCAAAUCAGGCAAUGCCCGGGCGCCUGCUAGAUCCAAACAAACAAAAACAAAUCCGAGAGGUGAUUCAGGAACUCGAGGAGCUUGUGAACAUCGACGAUAUACCCGAGACCCAGUUUUCUUCCAAGGUCGCUGUCUUAAACAAGAUCCUCGUCAGUUAUAAGGAAAAAGACAACCACGACAACUUUCUCUGUAUCGUGUUUGUCGAACGCAGGCAACACGCCCAACUAUUGCCUUUUCUGUUGGAGCGCAAUGCCCAGCUGAAAGGCUUCCUUCGUCCGACAGCCUUGACUGGCCACGCUGGAGGCAAUGUGAACGACUUGAUUGGGAUCAAGAUGGACUCGAGAACUCAAAACAAAGCGGUUGCAAAAUUCAGAACCGGCGAAUAUAAUUUGACAAUCGCAACCAGUGUGGCCGAAGAGGGUCUGGAUUUUCGCUCAUGCAGGGUCGUCAUUCGAUUUGAUCUGAUAACCACUUGGAAAGGCUACAUUCAAUCUCGUGGACGAGCUCGAGCGCGCGAAUCUGACUACAUCGUCAUGCUACCCAACGGCACAACAAACAAAUAUUUAGAGUUCACUGGAAAAGAAGAGCAGCUCAAAGCGGCACUUUACAAUCGUCCGGAGGAUGAGCUCAUCGAAGAAGGUGAAGAGGAGUGGACACCUCAAUUAAUUUGCCAACUUGCUGGUGGAAAGGAAUCAAUCUUGACUUACAGUGCGGCGACUAGUCUUUUGAAUGACGUCUGCCAACUGAUUCCACCCGAUGAAUUUCUUCCGGUCGUUGCACCACAAUAUGAGAUCACGUGGUUGGGAGAUAAUUUCCAAUGCCAAGUAACGCUACCCCCUAUGGCUGCUCUUCAUCCGUCCCAGCGCACCUUUACCGGCCUGGCGAUGGCGACGAAGAAAGACGCGAAACGGUCGGCCGCUUUCGAGGCCUGCAAAGUCUUGCGGGAACUGGAUGUUCUCAACCAACAUUUCCUACCUCAGCGAGAAGGUAAGUCCGCUCAAAUUUGCGACGCCGAUGGUAGAGAAAUCGAGGCUACCCCAUUAUCAGAUCAGGUCGAAGCAAUCAUCCCGAACGUCUAUGGCGAUUUCCGGACAUCAACAGAAAUCUGGCUCCACAAAUUCUCUUUCCCGGAUGAUAGUCCAGACGGAUUUUCAACGAUGGGACUCCUGUGUGCUCGUCAUCUGACCGUCCCCGAUGGCUUGCAGUUAUUUGAUCACUACACAGACAGCAGACCCCUCCCCAUCACAAUCGAACAGAGUAAGAGAAUACAAUGGGGGCAGGAUGAUGCACCCACCAAUCUGCAGAGAUUAGAGACAUUUUCUCGAGUGGUCAUGCAAGCCGCUAUAAAUCGAAAGGCGUACGAAGGAAAACUAUAUUUCCUUGUCGCUCCGCUUCUUAGGGACACGUGUGAGAUCGAUUGGAAUCUUGUGGACACUCCAAUGAUUCCGCUUUCUGAUACUGCAGACAGCUUGCGUUACCAGAAUACCAUCGCCCCCAUCCGACACCUGCAUUACAGAAUAUUCGAUACGUGCGAACCUGCUGGAGAUAUCUCUGAGGCUUCUCCACCUCAGUCCGUGCCAGCUUGUCCGAGCAUGCGAGAUUUUUGUAAAAAAAUCUCCAAAUUUCAUAAUCUCGGUCACUUUUACAAGGUAGUUUAUGACCUGAAGGAAGAACAAUUCCAGGGAGAGUUAGUCUAUCUUGAAACUACCUUUCAUGUCUUGAACAAUCUCUCGAAGUCCGAAUCAACUGUGGUACAGCCUCAUCGAAUCUUAUUACCCUUGAAGCUUUGUAAAGGAACACACAUCCCACGUUCGAUGUGGAAAGUGUUCAGUUAUCUACCGUCCCUUACUCGUCUGUUGCACGAUUCACUUCAGGCGACUACUCUCUUCAAACGACUCGAUUUCCCAACGAUUUCGCUGCUACAUGGAAUUCAAGCACUGACUCCACCUGGUGGUGGUGUUCCUUGGGACUACCAAACCCUCGAGACUUUGGGCGAUGCAUUCCUCAAGUUAGCCACCUCGGUUCACGUCUAUCUGAGUCAUCUGAAAAAGGGCGAAGGCGAUAUGAGUCAUGUGCGAUCCAGAUCGGUCGAUAACGCAUACCUGCGACGGAAAGCGAUCCAGGCUAAUCUUCCCGCCUCCAUCCUCAGUCAACGUUUUCGAACAGACCGAUUCAGAGACCCUCAAACCGAAGACGGCAAGGAGCUUCCCAACGGGAAUUUUUCCAGAAAGAUCCCGAAGCGGGUCUUAUCCGACGUCGUUGAGGCCCUGCUGGGCGCUGGUUUCCUGACUGGUGGGAUCGAACUUGGCUUAAAAAUCGGAACGGCUCUGGAUCUCUGCUUUGGAGGUACUGCACCCUGGAGCGAACGACCUGUGAAUAUCGGUUUGGAGAGCAUCACUCAUGACGCGCUCGAGCCAUCAACCCUCCUCAAAUGCCAAGCGCUCGAAGAGAAGAUUGGCUACGUCUUCAAAGAGAAAUUAUUGUUGGUUCAAGCUCUAACUCACCGGAGCGCGAACUCGUUCAUGACGAACUGCUACGAGAGGGAAGAAUGGCUUGGAGAUGCGGUGAUUGACAUGUGGAUCGUCGAACAUGCCUACAAACGCUUCGACCAUGCGACUGCGGAAGAAUUGACUCUUGCCCGAGCCAAGGUGGUCUCUAAUGGCAGUCUGGGCUUCUUGGCACUCAAAAAAUUAGGUCUGCAAGAGAUCAUCAUGCAUGCGUCCGAGAACUUUGAACAAGCCUGUACCGAGGCCAUCGAAGCCAUCAAGCCUUUUGCGAAGAUAGAGGAGUACUUUUCAACCAUUGAUAAUCUCUUCGUGGUCUUCGAUCCGCCCAAAAUAUUGAACGAUGUCUUGGAAGCCAUCGUUGGUGCGGUGUUUGUCGAUAGCGGCUUCAACCUCCAAUCCGCCUAUCGAACGUUAGACAUCAUCUUUGAAGAUGUUAUCCCAGGCUUGUCUCGGCUCGUUGCUCGCGACCCGUUGUCCACAAUGUUGAGACUCCGUGACCAAUACCAAUGUGCAGAGCUGCGUCGAAUAUCAACGACGAUCAGAGAACCCAAUCCAAACGGAGAGACCAAAGAUCCGAUCUCAGUCAAGGUCUGUCGAAUCGAGUUACAUGGCCAAGAGAUCGCGAGUGGUCGACACAAGAGUUCGGCAAGUGUGGCCGAACAGAGGGCUUCACUCGAAGCGCUCAAAGUCUUGCAGGAACCACCCUCCGAAAGUCCCACAUCCCAUUCGGUGUGGUCGACAUGUCAAUGCAAGACGCUUGCCGUGGCCGCAACAACGUUGGCUUCAUCAAACCUGGCUAAAAGCAAGAAAAAUAAGAAGAGGAAGGCAGUCACAACACUCGACAAAGUCUCACCAGCUAAAGUUCCCAAGAAAGAGGAUCCUCCAACCACUGUUCAAUCGGAAGAAUCGACAAAGAUGGACAGUGUUAUCGCAAGCAAGGCUGAAAAUAUGACAUUGCAAAGGGCUUAAGAUUUGUACAAUAGAGAGAAAAAAAAUCACAGACAUACAAAUACUAACAAAUAUGUAAGCGCUGACAAUUGAGAUGUUAUGUAGCUUUGCAAGCUACUCCAUUAUUAGUGGGGUUUAAAGUUGGUGCAUAAAUGUAUCAACACAAAUUCAGAAAUUAUUUUUUUACAGAACCACUUACAUAAUCCAUGUUUCAAUUCAUUUAUGAACACAAAUUUAUUCAUGAAUCUAUGU